AUGUUCAACGGCCCCGAGGCCGACGACAAGCUCCACAACCCAGACCCGCGGCGGGAUUACAAGACCGACAAAGGCGGGAUCAUCAUCACCGCCCGCGGUUGCACGAACCUCGGCUGCAUCUUCAUCCUUGCCACCGGGAUCGUCCCGCUCAUGCCCGGCAAUUGGGCGCUCGUCGACACGGACACACCACUCGAGGUGCAGACGAAGACAGACUACGUGAGCGGGCAGACGUGGGAGCUCGUGUUCAGCGACGAGUUCAACACGGACGGGCGCACGUUCUACCCGGGCGACGACCCGUACUGGGAGGCGGUCGACCUCCACUACUGGCAGACCGGGAACCUGGAGUGGUACGACCCCUCGGCGAUCAUGACGAAGGACGGCGCGCUCGAGAUCACGCUCUCCGCGCAGGAGAACCACGACCUGAACUACACCGGCGGGCUCAUGUCCUCGUGGAACAAGUUCUGCUUCACCGGCGGGCUCGUCGAGGCCUCCGUCACGCUCCCCGGCGCGAACAACGUCAAGGGGCUCUGGCCCGCGAUCUGGGCGAUGGGCAACCUCGGGCGCGCCGGGUACGGCGCCUCGCUCGACGGCAUGUGGCCGUACUCGUACGACUCGUGCGACGUCGGCACGGUCGCGAACCAGACGAACGGCGGCCUCCCGCUCGCCGCGGCGCAGAACGGCGACAGCGGCGCGCUCUCGUUCCUCCCCGGCCAGCGCCUCUCGCGCUGCACCUGCCCCGGCGAGUCGCACCCCGGCCCGGUGCACUCGAACGGCGAGUACGUCGGGCGGUCGUCGCCCGAGAUCGACAUGUUCGAGGCCCAGAUUGGGGGGACGCCCGUGGGUACGUCGGCGGGCGGAGUGUCGCAGUCCGGGCAGUGGGCGCCGUUCAACGCGGGGUACAACGCGACCCAGACCGGCUUCAUCGUCGCGGACGACACCAAGAGCACGAUCAACUCCUACCAGGGCGGCGUGUACCAGCAGGCGACCUCCGUGGUCACCGCGACCGACCAGACCGCGUACGAGUUGAACGGCGCGGCGUUCUCGACGUACGGCUUCCAGUACAAGCCUGGGGUCGACGGCGCCUACAUCGCCUGGAUCGCCGACGGCUCGCUCGCGUGGACGAUGGAGGCCGCCGCCGUCGGGCCCGACGCGGCCACGGAGAUCAGCCAGCGCGUCGUCCCGCAAGAGCCCAUGUACCUGAUCAUGAACCUCGGGAUCUCCCCGUCCUUCGGCGCCGUCGACUUCGCCGACCUCGUCUUCCCCACCAAGAUGCGGGUGGACUGGAUACGCGUGUACCAGGACCCGAGCGCGAAGAACGUCGGCUGCGACCCGGACGACUUCCCCACCGCCGCGUACAUCGCCCAGUACCAAGAGGCGUACACGAACCCGCUGCUGACGACGUGGGUGGACGACUUCCAGCAGGUAAUCCCGAAGAACAGUUUCCUUGGGCAGUGCUCAUAG